GAGCGCAGAAGGCAGGGGGGAGGUGCGAGAGGGUUCGAAGGGACAGGUCCGGGCAGCGAUCGGGGGUUGGCACCAGUUCGCUCAUCCUUCGAGAGGCAGAGCGCUCUUGUCCGCAGUCUUCGCUGACCGCGCUAGCUGCGGCUUCUGUGCGCCUUCAUCCGAACCUCAGCAGCCAACGUCCUGGCGUCUGAUCCCGCCAUGCCUAGCCUCUGGGAUCGUUUCUCGUCCUCCUCUUCCUCUUCGUCCUCAUCCCGAACUCCGGCCGCUGAUCGGCCGCCGCGCUCCGCCUGGGGGUCUGCGGCCAGAGAAGAGGGCCUUGACCGCUGCGCGAGCCUGGAGAGCUCGGACUGCGAGUCCCUGGACAGCAGCAACAGUGGCUUCGGGCCGGAGGAAGACUCCUCAUACCUGGAUGGGGUGUCCCUGCCCGACUUUGAGCUGCUCAGUGAUCCCGAGGAUGAGCACCUGUGUGCCAACCUGAUGCAGCUGCUGCAGGAGAGCCUGUCCCAGGCGCGAUUGGGCUCGCGGCGCCCUGCGCGCCUGCUCAUGCCGAGCCAGCUGGUGAGCCAGGUGGGCAAGGAACUCCUGCGCCUGGCGUACAGCGAGCCGUGCGGCCUGCGGGGGGCACUGCUGGACGUGUGUGUGGAGCAAGGCAAGAGCUGUCAUAGCGUGGCUCAGCUGGCCCUCGACCCCAGCCUAGUGCCCACCUUUCAGUUGACCCUGGUGCUGCGUCUGGACUCACGCCUCUGGCCCAAGAUCCAGGGGUUGUUAAGUUCUGCCAACUCUUCCUUGGUCCCUGGUUACAGCCAGUCCCUGACGCUAAGCACCGGCUUCAGAGUCAUCAAGAAGAAACUCUACAGCUCCGAGCAGCUGCUCAUUGAAGAGUGUUGAACUACAUCCUGGGGAGGGUGCGGGAAGGAUUUCUCACUGCCCCCCCCCCCAAAGUGAAGACAAGGAAUUUCUGUGGUGGAGACCCGCAGGCAAGGACUGAAGGACUGUCCCCUGUGUUAGAAAACUGACGAUAGCCACCUGAGGGGCGCAGGGCCAGGUGGGAGAAGGAAGUGUUCUCCAGGAAGUCUCUAGGUUGUCUGCAGGUGGCUCCCUGUUGGGGCACACGCCCCUCAGUCCUGUAGCAUGAAACAAAGGCUUAAGAGUCACCCAGGCUUCUGGCUGGAUGUGUAUGUAGCAUGUACCUUUUUUUUUUUUUUUGUAUUACUGACAAGUUACAACAGCAGUUGUGGGCCAGAGCCAGAAGGGCAGCUGGUCUGCACUGGCCUCUGCCCCGGCUGGGGGUUGGUGGGGGGGAGGCAGGGGGAGGUCCCCGACACAGUUUGUGUAUCUCCUGGUCUGAAAGGACCUAGCAGUGUUUUGUCGUUUUUUUGUAUCUUGGUUUUGGGGGGUGGGGGAUGGGAGCUUCACUACUGACCUGUUCGAGGCAGCUAUCUUACAGACUGCAUGAAUGUAAGAGUAGGAAGGGGGUGGGUGUUAGGAUCAUUUGGGAUCUUCGACACUUGAAACAAAAUUACACCUGGGAGCUGCAGCCAGCCCAUCCCCGGUGCCCAUGUACUGGAGGAUUGAACUGUGAGGAGAUGGGCUGAGGGGGUGGGGUGGGGGGGCUGGAACCUUCUGCCCAAGAGGAGUGCCACCUGGGUCUUCCAUCUCGAACUCUUUACAUGAAGACACUCACGGUUCAUGAAUACACUUGAUGUUCAAGUAUUAAGACCUAUGCAAUAUUUUUACUUUUCUAAUAAACAUGUUUGUUAAAACA